CCUACAGACAGAAACAUGGCAUUCAAUGGUGCUUGGAAAAUCGACAGAAAUGAAAAUUAUGAAAAGUUCAUGGAGGCGAUGGGUGUUAAUGUGAUGAAAAGAAAGUUAGGAGCCCAUGAUAAUCUGAAGAUCACUAUUCAACAAGAUGGAGACAAAUUUACUAUCAAAGAAUCAAGCAACUUCCGUACCAUAGAUAUUGAAUUCACUCUGGGAGUCAAUUUUGAGUACAGUCUGGCUGAUGGGACUGAACUUACUGGUUCUUGGAGCAUGGAAGGAAAUAAACUUGUAGGAAAAUUUACCAGAAAAGAUAAUGGAAAACUACUCACAGCAUACAGAGAAAUCGUAGGUGAUGAACUUGUUCAGACCUACGUAUAUGAAGGAGUUGAAGCCAAGAGAGUCUUCAAAAGGGGCUAAGCACUUCAUCCAGAACAGCACCAGAAUCAAAAACUAAUGAAAAAAAGACCAAUUUUCUACAUAUCCUCUGCUUUUUUUUCAUUUUAUGCCCUCACAGCACCUCUUAAGCUGCAAUUACUCAGCCCUGUUGAAAACACGGGCUACUUCCGUAUGUUUACUGUUUUGCCUUGAAUAAACAAAAUCCAAUUACAAUUU